AUGACUUUGGCUGCCCGCCUCUGCCGGGGCCAUGUCUUCCGGAGGCCAGUUGUGCUGCGGCAGGUAACUCGCGGCAUGGCCCUCCACUGGCGACACGGAGGUACGCCUUCGGGAGUGGGCAUCAGCGGCAGCCGCUCUCCCCAUGACCUCCUGUCCGAGCUCAGCGGCAUCUUUGCCAAAGAGGGCAUCACGACCCUUUCGUCUCUGUCAGCCAGCUGGUUUGCCAGGGCUGACCAGAACGUCUCAAAGGGUUUGGACCCGCAGGAGUUCAGGGAGACCAUGGCCUCGGUCGGCUUGAAGCUAAGUGAUUCAGAGAGCGAGUCUCUGUUUGCGCACUUCGACACAGACAAGUCUGGCAUCAUCACCUACGGUGAGUUUGCCAAAGGACUGCAAGGAGACAUGCCCGCAUUCUCAGCCUCCUUGGCCUUUAUGCAUCAGCACACGGGGCACUUUCCAUCAAACCAGGAGAGGCUACGGGCUGCAAGGCCCACGUUUGAUGAGUCCGAGACACACGAGUGGCUGGAGUCCCUCGAUGCCGUUGUGCAGAAUUUGGGGACAACACGCGCUCGGUUCCUCAUGCACGAGCUCAUGGAAGAGGCAGCGCGCCUCGGGGUGCAUAUCUCGCAGCCGGUGGUCACGCCCAUGAUCAACUCCAUUCCCACCUCUGCUGAGCCCCAGUACCCUGGAGAUCGGGCAAUGGAGGAUCGCCUUUCAAACAUCAUCCGCUGGAAUGCAGCCGUCAUGGUCAGCGAUGCCAAUCGGCGAGGUGGCGGGGUUGGUGGACACAUCGGCACUUUCGCAUCAAUUUGCGAUGUGGUCGAGGUUGGUAUGAAUCAUUUCUUCCGAGGCAAAGACUAUGGUAAUGGCAGAGGUGACAGUGUGUGGAUGCAAGGGCACGCAGCUCCAGGCGCCUACUCAAGAGCUUUUGUUGAGGGCCGUCUCACGAUCGACCAGGUGAUGAAUUUCCGACGCGAAGUCGCAGGCAAUGGUGUCUCCAGCUAUCCGCACCCUCGUUUGAUGCCGCAUUUCUGGGAGAAUCCUACAGUUUCCAUGGGGCUGGGACCUCUGGGUGCCGUUUACCAGGCACGUUUCUUCCGGUACCUUCAUCUGAGAGGCCUUGCAGACACUUCGAAGAGCAGGGUCUGGGCCUUUGUGGGCGACGGAGAGAUGGAUGAGCCCGAGUCGAUCACGGCCAUCUCAGUGGCUGGUCGUGAGCGCCUCAACAACAUGAUCUUCAUCGUGAACUGCAACUACCAGCGCCUGGACGGUCCGGUGCGCGGAAAUUCAAAGGUCAUGCAGGAGUACGAGGGGACUUUCCGCGGAGCUGGCUUCGACGUCAUCAAGCUUAUCUGGGGAGGCAAGUUCAACGAACUCAUCGAACAGGACCACGAUGGCAAGCUCAUCGAGGCGCUGGAGGCCACUGUAGAUGGCGAUUGUCAGCGCCUUCAUGCCAAGGCGGAUGGUGCUCUGAUCCGAAAGGACAUCUUUGAGAAGCACGGGCUGCUGGACCGCGUAGCUCACUGGAGUGACGCAGAACUGCUCGAGGCUUUCCAGACCCCUGGCGGGCAUGACCACUCCAAGAUCUACGCAGCUUUUUCUCAGGCAGAGAAGAAUUCGGAGAUGGGAGGUCGACCCACCGUCAUUCUCGUCAAGACCCUCAAGGGCUACAGCCUGCAAACUUUCCUGGGAAGAAACACGGUUCACCAGAAGAAGAUGAUGUCGGACUCCGACAUGCUCACUUCUCAGUCCGUAUGCGAUGCCAUGGGCAUUCCAAAAACUGAUGAGCAGCUGGUAAAAGCUGAUGCGGAGAAUUUCUUCGCACUAAAGGAGGACUCCCCAGAGGUCAAGUACCUGAAGGAGCGGCGACAGGCUCUCGGGGGCUUUCUUCCGUUGCGAUCGCCGGCGAAGGUGUCCGCGCUGGUCGAUAUCCCCAAGCACGAUGUUUACGACAUGUUUGACACAGGAUCCAAAGGAAGAGAGAUCAGCACUACCAUGUGCUUCGCACAGGUCCUGAGAAAGAUGAUGCAGGCUGGCGAAUUCGGUCAGCGAGUCACGUUGAUGGUCACCGAUGAGUCACGAACCUUUGGAAUCGACGCAUUCUUCCCGAUCUUCAAAAUUCAUGCACCCUUUGGGCAGAACUACACGCCCGUCGAUGCAGACCAGGUCAUGAAGUAUGCUGAAGCCCCCAAUGGGCAGAUUCUGCAAGAAGGUGAGGGCGGCGCCAUCAUGACCUGGAUUGCCUCUGCAACCUCCUAUUCUUCCCAGCAUGUCGGUGACAGCAUCUGGCAAGCCGCGGAUGCACGAGCACGUGGCUUCCUCAUUGGUGCGACGUACGGUCGGACCACCUUGAACGGUGAAGUCAACAAGAAUGAGCGUCGCGACGAGGAUGGACAUUCCCUUCUCAUCGCGCACACCUGUCCUGCCACCGUGCUGCACAGUGGAAGCAUGUGGAAGCAGUCGAAGAGUACUUUAGAGAGACGGCUGAAGACAACCUCCUAUGAGAAGAGCGAGAGCCCCACUCGUUCAUGCUUCAGUCUCGUUGCAGCUGUGUUGGCUGUGCAGCUCAGCACCUUGGACUCCUUGAACUUGAGCCAAGCCGUCCUGGGCAAAGCAUCCACUAUCUCGACCGUUGCCAGUGCCACACCUGUUCAGCUUUGUCACAUCCGAGCAGAUGCUCUCUUGCGGCAGUUCGUGCAGCAGCUGCAGGAGCUCGUGGCGAGCACCGCGCAGCAGUUGGGUCGCUCUUCCGAGGAUGCCAAGCCUUACCUGACCAUGCUGGAGGAGAACUGGUAUGACACAGUGGACAGCCUCAGGACGGUGGAGGUAUCAGACUUGAGUACCCUUGGCCUGCCAUUGAGAUUCGUUAGGGAGUUGCUGAACUUGGCGAAGAGCAAAGGCGAUCCACAAAGGCCGACACAACCGGCUACGCCGGCUCACCCGCCUUCACACCCGCCUCCACAUGCAAAUGAAAGCAGUGCCAAGGCCAGAGGCAAGGGCAAGGAGGGAAAGGAGUCGAAGGGAAAGCCAAGCCAAAGCUUGCUUCCCAAGCCACCAGCUGUGCCGCAUGUGCCGUCUUCGCCAUCUUCGCCAUCUUCGGCCAAAGGACAAGGCAAGGCGAAGGAUGCCAAGGUCGUGCCGCCACGUCUGCAUCAGCACAAGGUCUUCUUGAACUCCUGGAAGUUUGAUCAAAAGUUUGGUCUGAAUGGUCGCAUCAUUGGUCAGCAAGGGCGAAAUGUAAAGUGGAUUCAGGCAGAGACCGGUGUGUCGAUUGGCCUUGCUGGAAGAGGCUCUGGACUACCUGAAAGUGCUCAGUCUGAAGGCCUCCACGUACUGCUACAGAGCGAAAGUCGUCAGAGUCUGGACCAGGCCAAGCGUUUGACGGACGAGCUGGUUGAGACAGUGAAUGAGCAGUACGCCGCCUGGAAGGACAACAGUGCUGCCCUUCGCCCUUCGCAGCCUGUGCGGAACAAGCUAACAAGCUCCAAGAGAUCAAGUUCUGCUCGUGGCUAUUACGGCUAUCAGGGCCAUGCCAAUGUGCUCAAGAUGCUCGGGUCUGGAAGUUUGUCGGAGUUCCCCAUAGGCCGCUCUUUGGCAUGCAGCCUGUCGGCAUCUCAGGCUGUAAAAGGCUAUGACCCGGCAUUUGGCUACGAGAUGGCUGCGAUCAUCGAGAACGGUGUGAAAGAGAUGUGGGGCGAGGACAAGGAUGUCAUCUACUACGUGACAGCCUACAAUGAGAACUUUGCGAUGCCGGAGAAGCCCGAGGGUGUGGAUGAAGGAAUCAUCAAGGGCUUGUACAAGUUCGCUGAUGCCAAGCCGGCACAGCACAAGGUACGGGUCAUUGGCUCAGGAGCCAUCAUGAAGCAGGCUAUGGAUGCGAUUGACAUCCUUGCAGAAUAUGGUGUUGGAGUGGAGCUCUGGAGUGCCACGAGUUAUGGCGAGCUUCAGCGUGACGCCAUUGCGUGCCAGCGCCUGGAACGCCUCGGCGGGGAGGCUCCGGUGUCAUGGGUGGAGCAAUGCCUUGGGGAUGGAGAAGUCACUGUGGCCGUGUCAGACAACAUGACGGCAUAUCCAAAGCUCAUCGCUCCCUGGGUGGGUGGCGACUUCAUCGUGCUUGGAGCUGAUGGCUUUGGCCGCUCAGACACACGCGAGGCGCUGCGCCGCUUCUUCGAGGUGGACAAGGAACACGUUGCAGUUGCUGCUCUGCAGGGCCUUGCGAAGCAAGGAAAGAUCUCUGCAGAUGUAGUUGCACAAGCGCGUGACAAGCUCGGAAUCAGCAUCGAGCGCAAGGACAUUUGCAUGGAGACUGUCUGCUGA